UGUACAGUAUACAACUGGAGAUUAGCUAUGCAAUACAAGAACUACGUAAAUUCUUUAUUCAAAUGUUAAUUCUAGAAGUUGGAAUAACAUUUACAUUCAAGAUAGGGGUAGUUGCACAAUCCCUCCAAUCACAAUGGAUAAGUUUGUUGUCUUGGUAGCUUUAGUAUCAGUUAUAUCCUGGUUCCUCCAGGGAACUGAGAAGUCAGUUUUGGAAUUACCAUUUGCUGAGAUAGACACCGAUGAUAUGACUGUGUCUUUAAUCCCGAAGAAUGGACAAAAUGAAAAUUUUGCUGGCACAUUCAAAAUAGGAGCACAAUUGCAUGGACAACCCAAACUAUUGGAUAGUGCUUCAGAUGAGUUAGUGUUAAACCUGGAAUGGACCAAUCAGGCUCUGCUCGAAAUUGCUUAUGGGGAAAUCUUUGAUAAAGGUGCUCGUUGCUACAAUUUUAAAUGGGAGAUUCUUGAUCCUCGACUUCAGAUUCAUGAUUGCUAUGAUAUCGGACAAUCACAUUGGUAUGGAGGUGGGGAACUGUUUGACCAGCACUGGACCAUUGAGGAUCAUGCUAUGGAUAUGGACUUAUAUGUGUCAUCUGAUAUAAUCAGUCACCAUAAAUAUGGAUCAGUUAUGGAACGAUAUUGGUUGUCUUCAAAUGGAUUCGCAAUUAGCGUUGACCAAGAUUCUCCCCUGAGAUUUGGCAUCAACAAGACAGAGAUUUGUUUUAGUGCGCAAUAUGAGGAAACCAGAUUUGUGAAUCGAAACAAUGAAAACGCUAAAUUGUCAUAUUCUGUAUGCACUGCUGGUAACAUCAAACAAACUCACUUGUUCAUGUCCAAUAUGCUAUUCAAAAAACCAGAUGGAAUUCCCGAUGAACGCAUGUUUAAAUCUCCCAUCUGGUCAACCUGGGCACGGUACAAGAUGUUCAUCAAUGAAACUUCCCUUUUGAAGUUUGCUCAAGAAAUUAUUGAUCAUGGAUUUUCAAAUAGUCAAAUAGAAAUUGAUGACAUUUAUACUCCAACCUAUGGUGACUUUACAUUUGAUACCAGAAAAUUCCCUAAUUAUAAAAAGGUGAUGGAUAAACUACAUGAAAUGGGUUUUCGGAUAACAUCUUGGAUUGUCCCAUUUUCAAAUAUUGACAGCGAUGCAUUUCAAGAAGGUGUGAAAAAUGAUUAUUUCCUCCUGGACGAUACAGGAAAUGCCCCUGGGUUGUCACACUGGUGGCAGGGAAUAGGUGGCGCUUUAGAUGUCACAAAUCCGUCUGCUCAACAAUGGUGGAUGAACAACCUCAUGAAGUUAAAAUCCCAAGGGGUGGACUCCUUCAAGUUUGACGCUGGUGAGGUUGUGUGGUUACCCCCCAGGUUCAAAUCCAACAUUCCACUAUCCAACCCAAACAUGUAUACUAAAUACUAUGCAGAAUUAUGUAGCAAAUUUGGUGGUAUGAUUGAAGUAAGGGUUGGAUAUCAAAGCCAAAAUUUGCCGAUAUUCAUUCGAAUAAUGGAUAAAGAUUCUGUAUGGGGAUACAAUAAUGGACUGAAAUCCCUCAUUCCAUCUUCACUUUUAUUUGGUAUACUAGGCUACCCAUUUGUUCUGCCUGAUAUGAUUGGUGGAAAUGCAUAUGAUGAGAAUAAUCAAGAUUUUGCGACAUUUUCUGAUAUUUUUGGCACAAAGCCAGAUCGUGAAUUAUUCAUCCGGUGGACACAAGCAAAUACUUUCCUCCCAUCCAUGCAGUUCUCUAUCGCUCCAUGGGACUAUGAUGAUGAAACCACUAAAAUAUGUCUAAAUAUGGUCAAAAUCCAUGAAGAAGUGGCAACACCUAUUAUUCUCAAAUAUGCAAAUGAGGCAACUCAAAAUGGGGCACCUAUCAUACGUCCUUUAUGGUGGGUGGAUCCAAUGGAUUUCAACACUCAUGGUAUCGACUCUCAAUUUCUUGUUGGAAAUGAAAUUCUGGUAGCACCAAUUCUGGAAAAGGGGAGUACAACAAGAGACAUCUAUAUUCCAAGGGGAAAAUGGAAAGACAUUCUGAGAGGAGAUAUAAUUACAGGUCCAACCAACAUAAAGAACUAUGAAGUCAAAUUGGCUGAAUUACCAUAUUUCAUUGCAGCUUAAAUUGAAUAAUUUUCAAGGUGAACAUGCAUUUUACUUAUUCAUCAAAAUCACAAAGUGUAAGACUUUAAUAAUUAAUUUAAGAUACUUAUAUUUCAAAUACAAUACAAAUACAUUAUAAAAUGCCAUAAAAAAAACAUUGUAAAAACACUUGUAAUUACAGGGUAAAAUUACAUUGUAAAUUGAAAUUACACAUUUAUAUGGGUCUGAUUAACACUUUCAUAUAUUAAUUGUUUUGUUGUAAUAUCUGAAUAGUUUUCAGCCUUCAAUCAACCAUGUCAACACUACAGAAUUCAACCAAAAUCAAUAUCAACCCAAACAUAUUUUUCAGAAUGUUUCAUACUUGUCAUUUACACUUUAUAAAGAAAUACAAACAGUGAAAUCGAUCAUUACUAAAACAUUAUUAUUCAAAUAAUAUAUUUUGCAACAACACACAGUAAAUUACAUGUUAAUUACAUGUUAAUUACGACUAAAAAUAACAAAGGCAAUUUACAUGAAAAAAUGUUACCAUCUGGUUGCAUGUUGUAUUAGAAAAGGAAAGCAAAGCCUAAGUCCAUUCAUUCGUUAUCAUGGUAACCAAUAUUGCCUAUCUGAAGCUUUCUAUAUUCUUCAAAAUGCCUAGUGAUCAAUGAAUGAAAUUCAACUCAAUUUAAUUACGACUUUUCAAGUUGCUGUAUGUUAAACAUUGCCUAAUAUAACAUGUGUGACUGAGCACAUCUCUCAAGAUAUUCAUUAUUAUGAAUUUCAAGUCCAUCUUUUUAACUUCUUCAGUUAUAGCUCCUUACUCCUUGAAUUAAUGCUAUGCAACAAAUGUUACAUAUUGUAUAUGUGGUAGUUAGCUACAGUAUUGCUACUCUUAUAAAAUGCCUACAUUACAAUAAGCUGUAGAAAUUUGAACAUUACUUUGAACAAAGUUGUUACAGACCUGAACAAUGGUGACUGAAAGCCAUUUACAAAAAUAGGCAAUAACAAUAUACAUUAGUUUUACUAACAUGUGAUGUUUCAAUUCAUGACAUCAUGAAAAAUGAGUAGCCUAUAG